AUGGAACAACAGCUUGAAACGACGACCAAGGACAAAGACGGCGAGCAUGAGCACAACGUGGUCAUCAAAGGCGACGACUCGGAUGGGAAACUCGACUGGUCGGUUCGUGCCUUUGUGGCCUACCUCUCGCUCUGUUUCGUCUACACUGGCUCGCAGAUGCCGCUCUACUUCUGUGCUGGGGGUACCAGUUACAUUAUCGAGGACAUCGGAGGCUCAACCACGAGUUCCUGGUUACCUGUGGCAUACACCCUUUCAGCAGCAAUUCCCAUCCCCUUCACCGGCUAUCUUCAAGAUAUCUUCGGCCGGCGCCCCAUUGCUUUGGCUUCGACGGUGUUGGUCAUAGUUGGCUCGAUCAUCAUGGGCACCGCCCACAGCUUUGGCCAAGCCGUGGUAGCCAUGACACUUUGUGGCAUUGGCGCAGGUAUCGCCGAACUGUCAGCUCUUGCAGGUAUCACCGAAGUUGUUCCCAUUCGAGCAAGGGGCUACAGUGUGGCAAUUAUGACCGCCAUAGCAACCCCCCUCGGGCCAUAUGUUCUAUACUGUCAGCUCCUAGCUACAAGGGCUACCUGGAGAUGGGGAUUCUGGAUUGUCUGCAUAUACCAAGGUAUCGCACUUGUCGGAGUCGCAUUGCUAUACUUUCCGUCCAAGCAUUCGAGACUGGUCGGUUUGCGUCGACGGGACAUCAUCAGAGACAUCGAUUACAUUGGCGGGCUCUUGUCAUUGGCAGGCUUGACCCUAUUGCUUGUGGCCUUGCAGAAUGGCGGCUACCUCCACCCGUGGAAGAGUGCUGCGGUCCUCGCCCCCCUGAUCACCGGUAUCUUCGCCCUCGUGGCAUUCGUGGUAUGGGAAAUGCGAUUCGCAAAGGUCCCAAUCGCGCCGCCCGAGCUCUUCCGGCGUCGCGUUAUCCGGAUGGCCUUUAUCAUCUCCUUCAUCGCCGGCAUGAACUUCUAUUCCCUUACCAACUUUGCCCCGACGUAUUUCAGCAGUGUCUAUCCGGCAGACCCGAUUCUGGUCGGAGGUAGAGGUGCAGGUAUGCCAACAGCUAAUAUUUUCGGUGCUGUGUUUGGGAACUGGUUCAUUUCGCGGUUCCCCAAUCUCGCUUCUACCCUCAUUGAUCUCCACAAUCAGAGUAAGCUAACGGUGUUACAAAAAGCUGCCUUUAUUGGGAGUAUAGCGGCUGGCAAUCCAACGAAUCCAGGUUUUGUAACGGCGGCAACCGUCGUCGCUGGAUUUGCAGUUGGUGGAUUGAUUGUGCCGGCGGCAACCAUCGCGACCAUUGCUUGUCCAGACGACAUGAUAGCCACCACCGCUGCGCUGACACUGGCCAUCCGUGCGAUUGGCGGAUCGAUUGGAUUCACCAUCUACUACAACAUCUUUGUUAACAAGCUUGACGCCAAACUUCCAGCAGAGAUUGCCACAUAUGCGAUUCAGGCCGGACUCCCUGUCGACUCAGCGACGGAGUUCGUCACUGCCCUCCUGACCAAUCCCGCCAGUUUGACCAGUGUCAACGGGGUCAACUCGACCAUCAUCGCUGCCGGGGCUCUAGGCAGCCAAUGGGCCUUUGCAGAUUCGCUGAAGUACAUCUUUUACACCAGCAUCCCGUUCGGCGUUUUGGCAAUCGUCGCCGCCUUCUUUUUGGGCGACAUCGUGCCGUACAUGACUAACCGAAUUGUUGCGACUCUCAAUCACUGA